UCUGCAGUUCCCUCCCUCCCUGUUCAGCUGCCCCCAGGUCAGGGGAAAGAAAAACUGGAAGACUCGCUGGGGUAAGCUGUAGGAGGCCCGAAGUCCAGGCGGUGGCCAGCAAAGGCAGGGUAAGUGGGCGCCUCAGGUGCUCCGGGAAGAAGACACCGUGAACUGAGACACGGAAGGAUUCGGCUGAUCAUUAGGGCCAAGGGGCAGACGCAAGGGCAGAGAAAUGAGAAAUGGGCUGAGGGGCUCCUUCUCUAGGCGCCUAUAGCAGCACUCCAUCCCUAUGAUUAAUUCCAGGAGCCAGGAUUCCCCUAGGAAAGCAAUCCUCUCUCAGAUGCUCUGUGGACCUUGCAGGGUCCCACGAUUGAGGGGAGGGGACUCGAUCAAUAGCAGCGGUGCUGAUUUAGAUCCUGGGAAGAAAGGUCUACUAUGCUGGCGAAGGGGGAGAGAAGUUGGGAACUACAUGGAACUUCGAGGUGGUUCCCAGCUGAAGAAAUGAACGCGCUGUGGAAGGCCUCUGUGGGCAUCCCCCACCUAAGGUGGCUGUGGGGAUAUGCGAGAAAGGACACUUCCUGCCAAAGACCCCUUUGCCACCCCACCCAAGAAUUUGCCUGGCGCAACCAGGCUCUGUUCUGGAUCCCCAUCCUGGAGGCUGCCCUGGUCCCCAAGAGAGCCUCCACCCCCUUAGGACCGAGGAAUAGGAGGAGGAACAAAAGGAGUGUCUUUGCUGCACCGCUUGGAUAGAGGAACUUUUUUUUCUCACCAGUUAUUUAUUUAACAGCUGAGUAACAAUGGCAGCGGCAGGCCCACCCUCCCCCCCGCCUCUGGAUCCAAAUUCGACUCUUCCCUGACUCCUGGAGAACCAACUUCCCUCCUCCGACGGGGCAGAGCGAGGAGCUCCCACGUGAAAGGAGGGGGGAGGCUGAGAAAGACAGAGACUAAAAAGCGAGGGAAAAAGAAAAAAAAAAAAAGCACUAAAGUAAUGGGUUCGAGAAACACGAUUCAAACCAGUUUUUAAUUCUUGCAGGGAAAAAAGGGGGGAUGGAGGGGGGGGAGAAGAAAAGAAAAAGUAGGAGGAGAAAGAGGAAUCGGGGAGCCUCGACAUGAAGGGGUUUCCUUAAUAUUGUGGACGGAUUCAGAAAUGAAUGAAGAGAUAGUCCAUUGAAAAGGGUUGAAUGCCAUGACAACUAGGAACAACCUUAGAUUUAUUCCAAACAGUUAGGACACAUUGAAAGAGAGCGUCAAUCAUGUAUUAUUUCGCCACUGAAAUAAAUGCAAAAACCGAGCCGGGACAAAGGCUUCCAACGGGAGCGGGACAUUUGUCUACAUUUCGCUCAUUGUCCGCAGCUUAGCAAUCGGUUUGUAUUUGUGUUUGCCGGGGUCCGACCACCCAGGACGCGCCGACGAGGGGCUCACUCUAACCUGGGCCAUUGUCACCCACGUCACAUACUGGGGGCGAGGCAGCGAGGGCUGCAGAAAGCCGCCGAGCGGCUCGGGGAGAGGCGCCCUCACCCGGCGCUGGCAACCCCAGGGCAGCGGGGGCGCGGCGGCGGCCACGGCAGCUGCGCGCGAGCAGGACCCGGCGCCCGCGCGGUCAGCUUGGCCGGCGCCAAGGCGGCCCAGGCUGUGGGAAGACAAGACCCGGACCCUGCAGGGGCGGCCUUCUGUGCCCUCCCCGCCCCCAGACAAAGCUGCCUCCUGACGCUCCUCGGGGGCGAACGAGCAUCAGGUAGCCAAUAUACCCCACAACGCACAAACAUGUUCUUUAACUGAAGGAGAGGCAUGGUCUUUUCCAACCCCAGCGCCGAGGAGGAGGUGCAAUCCCGGGAAAGUUCAGUUCCCAGAGCAGAGAGUGGUUGGAAACUUCACACUAACCUGACUUAACCUGGAAACGUGGAGCGCGUACUCCGAACGCGCCCAGGGCGUUCAAAAGGAGACCACACUAAAGAACUCGCAUGGGAGAAAAAAACUGGAGAGAAAACGCGGUGGCGUCGGGCCGCCCAGUGACCCCCCUCCCCCGCAGCUUUCUGGGUCCUCACCCAGGCUGUAGAAACAACCCCCACCCCACCCCCAUCCCGCCCCGCUGCCUUCACGCUGCUCCACCUCUAAUCGGAGGCUGGAGUUGGAGGGGGCAAGAGAGGGAGGGAUAAUAGAGGGCAGGAAAGAGCGGGGCUGUCUGCCCUUUCCUCCACACGGGGAAAGCGGCCCGCGGAGCCCAGAGGCCGCAGGGCCGGGGUCCGACCCCAGCCGAAGUUGGAGCUCCCGACUCUAACCCCGCCCUCCCCGGGACCGCCCGCAAAGCAGAAAGUGAACUGUGCGUCCUCCUCCGCAGCAAAGAGGUUCGUGAGUGGAGCCCAGCCUUAUAUGGACUGAUCGCUCGGGCAAUGGCCCAUUUUUUCCUCGCCACCAGCCGCCACCGCGCGCCGAGCGGCCGCCGGAGCCCGAGCUGACGCCGCCUUGGCACCCCUCCUGGAGUUACAAACUAAGGCCGGGGCCCGCGGCGCUCGGCGCGCAGGCAGCCCAGCUCCCUACGUCCAUUUCCGCGUGUUUUCAAAGAAGACAGAGGCACUGGGUCGGGCUUCAUUUUUUCCUCCCGCAUCCCCAGUUUCUUUCUCUUUUUAAAAAUAAUUAUUAUACCAAUAAUUAAAGCCAAUUCCCUCCUCCCCUCCCCCAGUCCCUCCCCCCAACUCCCCCCUCCCCCGCCCGCCGGGCUGGGGAGAGCCACGAAUUGACCUAGUGAAGCUACAACUUUGCGACAUAAAUUUUGGGGUCUCGAACCAUGUCGCUGACCAACACAAAGACGGGGUUUUCGGUCAAGGACAUCUUAGACCUGCCGGACACCAACGAUGAGGAGGGCUCUGUGGCCGAAGGGCCGGAGGAAGAGAACGAGGGACCCGAGCCCACUAAGAGGGCCGGGCCGCUGGGGCAGGGCGCCCUGGACGCGGUGCAGAGCCUGCCCCUGAAGAACCCCUUCUACGACAGCAGCGACAACCCAUACACGCGCUGGCUGGCCAGCACCGAGGGCCUCCAGUACUCCCUGCACGGUCUGGCAGCCGGCGCGCCCCCUCAGGACUCAAGCUCCAAGUCCCCGGAACCCUCGGCUGACGAGUCACCGGACAAUGACAAGGAGACCCCGGGCGGCGGGGGGGACGCUGGCAAGAAGCGGAAGCGGCGGGUGCUUUUCUCCAAGGCGCAGACCUACGAGCUGGAGCGGCGCUUUCGGCAGCAGCGGUACCUGUCCGCGCCGGAGCGCGAGCACCUGGCCAGCCUCAUCCGCCUCACGCCCACGCAGGUCAAGAUCUGGUUCCAGAACCACCGCUACAAGAUGAAGCGCGCCCGGGCCGAGAAAGGUAUGGAGGUGACGCCCCUGCCCUCGCCGCGCCGGGUGGCCGUGCCCGUCUUGGUCAGGGACGGCAAACCAUGCCACGCGCUCAAAGCCCAGGACUUGGCAGCCGCCACCUUCCAGGCGGGCAUCCCCUUUUCGGCCUACAGCGCGCAGUCGCUGCAGCACAUGCAGUACAACGCCCAGUACAGCUCGGCCAGCACCCCUCAGUACCCGACAGCACACCCCCUGGUCCAGGCCCAGCAGUGGACUUGGUGAGCACCACCCCAACCAGACUUGCGCACCAGGCCCAGGCCCCACCCCGGCGGCGGCGGCGGCGGCGGCGGCGGCGAGGAGGCCUCGGUCCUCAUGGUGGUUCUCAUUAUUAUUAUUAUAAAUAUUAUGGAAUCGAGUUGACUCUCGGCUCCAUCAGGGAGGCGCCGGGAGGUGGCCUGCGUCUCCUUGGAGUGGCAGAUUCCACCCAUCCAGCUCUGCCCAAGCCUCUCCUUCUGAACCUUUGGAGAGGGCUGAACUCUACGCCGUGUUUACAGAACGUUUGCGCCGCUUCGCUUCUUUGCCUCUCCCCGGGGGGACCAAACCGUCCCAGCGUUAAUGUCGCCACUUGAAAACCAGAAAAAGACCGAUCCCCACCCCUGCUUUCGUGAAUUUUGUAAAAUAUGUUUGUGUGAGUAGCGAUAUUGUCAGCUGUCUUCUAAAGCAAGUGGAGAACACUUUAAAAAUAUAGAGAAUUUCUUCCUUUUUUAAAAAAAUAAGAAAAUGCUAAAUAUUUAUGGCCAUGUAAACGUUCUGACAACUGGUGGCAGAUUUCGCUUUUCGUUGUAAAUAUCGGUGGUGAUUGUUGCCAAAAUGACCUUCAGGGUGGGCCUGUUUCCCUUCUGGGUCCAACUCCUUUCUUUGCGGCUUUUUUGGGUUUGGUUAUAUUUGCGUUUUCCCCUGCUUUCUUCCUUUCUCUUUUUAUUUUAUUCAGUGCAAACAUUUCUCAAACAUGGAAAAGAAAACCGUGUAGGUAGGGAGCCCCCUGCCCCAUCCUCCGGGCCUUGAGCCCCGAACUUGGAGCUCAGCGGUUCCGCGCGGUUUCCCCAAGAGCGCCGGGCGCUGAAAGCUUUCCAUUUUUUAAAUAAGAAUUUUAAUAAAAAUCCUGUGUUUAAAAGAACAAAAUGCCCGGCCCUCCGGUUUGUCCGACUUCGCCGGGCUGGAGGCCUGGGGCUGGGAGCGGGACCCGGCCGCCCAAGGGGCUCCCACCGGCGGUUCCUCUUGGGCGGGGAGGCCGGGGGCACCAUGGCCCUGGGGCGGGCGGGGCUCCUGGUGCAGGCCACUCCGACCACAGGCUGCACCCCGCGCCUAGGAUUGGGGCAGGGGCGGGAACGCUGGGCCUCCGAGCCGUCGGCCCCAAGCCCAGGGUCGCCCACUCUCUCCCCACCGGCCUCUCCUCUGGCCUCGCGCGCUGUCUGAACCCCGGGCGGCACCGUCCGGCUUCGGAAGGAAAAGUGGCUUAGGGAGCCGCAAAGGCGAGGAGAGCAAACCCCCCUCGCUGCCCAAAUCUACGAGUGGCUCUUUCAGCCUGAGAAGCUGUUGAAGCCACUACACUGGAUGACUUUCACUUUGUUGCGUUUGACUUACCUCACGCUAAGAAAGUGGGUGUGUGGGGGUCUGAGGUUAAGACUGGCUGCUUUCUCGCCACCCCUUUUCAAAAUCUGCGGGCUGUUGCCGGCCUAGGAGACCACUAAGGCCGAGGGUGGGAGCGGUCAGGGCGCGCUAGGCUUUGGCUUUGGCUGGGCCGGAGGAGUGGAGGAGGGGGGUGGUACGCGGGGUCCUGGGCCCGGGGGAGGGAGGAGACACUGCAGCCUUCUCUAGGCUCUUUGGCCCCAGGGAGCCAGGGAGCAAGGGAGCGAGAAUCUUUGGCAAUCCCAGCAAACCGUGCCUACCCCUUCCCUUCCUCUCCCAUCCUUUCCGGGCUUCCUAGCCUCUCCCCGGGGACUGGAUCCCAGGCCUCCUCCCCGCCAACGUUCGGCGGUGUGCGGUUCCCCCAAGUCACCCCUUGGGCGUGGGACUGGGUGGAUUGGUAGGAAAUAGAGGUUUGAGGGUGAAGUGGGCGCCCAGGACGGAAAGUGGGCAUACAGCCCCCGGCUCGCCCUGGAAGGGCGCGUCUAUCUUUCCAGUGGGGAACUGAUUCCGCCCCACCCUUGUCGCUGGGGGCAGAUCUCCUUGGCGGAUGCUGGCGCACACUUGGCCACGCGGGGGAGCGUCUCAGGGGGCCUGGUGAACUAGAGGGUGAGCCUUUCUUCUCUGGUUUCUGAAAAUAGUAGGGGCUCUGUAGCUCAGAGCCAGGCAGGUUCUUCCAUACGCGAAAGUCGGCGCAUUUGGAAAUUGUAGCUGUUCUCUCCGAAGCUGCACCUUCAAGGCUGGGAGGUGGGGUGGCAGUGAGGAGGCCAGGCAAAGGGAGCGGUCCCAAAUGACUUUCUCGCUCCCUCUAGUUGAUGAUCAGGUUUAAUUCAAUAUCUAAAGCAAACAUGAUUAUCCGUGCGACCAAAUCUGCGCGUCGAUAACACUCAGCGCAGCAGCCCAGGGACGCGAUGACACUUUAUUCCCGCCUUCCACACCAGCACUGGAUAAUUGAGGGCUCGGGAGUCUUUCUAAUAUCCUGGUAAAGGUCCUUUCCCAUCUCCAGGCUUAUCCUCGGGGAAAGGGCAGUUUUUCUAAAUGCUAAAAGGUCUCUCUUUGUUCUCCACACUAGCUUGGCAAUGUUUGGGGGUUUAUGUCUUGCUGUUUGUAAAGGCCAACGAAUUUUUCCCAAAUAGUUUGUUGUGCAAUAAUUGAAUGCUCAGCGUGCCCGGGUUCUAACCACUCCACAUCCACCUGCAACUUCCCCUAACCCCAAAAUCUUCUGGGAAGAAAGGUGGGGGUUUCCAGUCUCUUGGAGUGAAGUUGUCAGAAGGCCUAUAGCAAUUUUGACUGUUCCAGGCUCCAGGGUUUCCAGGGUGAGAAUGAUUACAAGAGAACCCCAGGUUUCCAGAGAGGAAGGGGCAAGAGUGGAAGGUCCUCACUCUGGCAGGCUUCCACCACUUGCUCAUUGAGGACACAUUUGGAGCGGUGGCCAGGACCGCGGGCCUGCAAUCUGGGUGUGCACUCCUGAGGCCGGCCGGGAGCCCGGGAGGUGGGCCCGGCGCCCGCCUCUCUCUGUCCUCGGGUCCCCAUGGAGUCAAUAAAAGCGCCUGCAGAGCCCUGUGUGGCCCUAACCCGAGCGCCCUGGGAGCGCACCCGGCGCGGGGUCCGCUUCAGCAGUCUAUCUUCGCCCAAUCUACAGCGGGCGGUACAAAACCGCACAAUGGGAAAGCUGGGAGCCGGAGAUGUUAGAGGCGUGCAUAUUAAAAAGGGACAGAGAAAGGAUCGCGGGGACAGAGAGAGGGGAAGAGGGAGAAGGGGCCCGCCCCCCACCCCUCGCCCCACCCCGCACCAUUCAGCGCGCUUAUCGCGGGCAGUGAAUCCCGGAGUCAGGCAGAAGUCUCCUUGGGGUUUUGUUGGGCCUGUCACUGGGUCCCUUUGUCAUCCGCGGGCUCCAUGCUGGAUUCCAUAUGGCCAGCUGGGCCGAGGGAGCGCGAGGAGGGAUCCGCACAAAACCUAAAUUGUGUCCGGCUUUCAAACCCUGUAUUGUUGUCUGUGAAAGGAAGACGCAUUAAAAAUUCGUGCUAUAUCUAUUGGGGAGGAGGUUGGAGGAGGGGAGAAAAAGCCACCCCUGUCUUUGAUGGCUUCGGAGGGCGCUGGCCCCGCCUAGGCCCCGUGACACUGAAAGCUGGAUCUCUCUCAUUCUCUCUCUCUGUCUCUGUCUCUCUCUGUCUCUCUCUCACACACACACAUAAUCUCUCUCUCUCCUCUCGUAAUCUCUCUCUACUUUCAUAGUCUCUCUUUCUCUCAUGAUCUCCUUCUCUUCCUCUCUUCUCUCUCCUUGACUCUAACGCUGGGACGGGAGUCAGCGAACCUGCACCUUCAGGGUUUGGGCUCACUUGUGCGCACUUUGCUCGCUCCUGUGUGUGUAUCAAGAAACUCCUGCCUAGGAGCUCUGCGCCGUCGGGCCAUCCUAGAACUCGGGGGGCAACUCAGGGUACCCAGGGACCCUACCGACGGGUCCUGAAGCCCCCGCGAGCGGAGCUGCCUUUCCACUCACUGCGAGAAAGGUUUUGAGAGGCCAAGGGUGCCGCUCAGUCCGGGGCCCAGUUAGACUUGGGCUGCAGCCGGUUCCAAGGCGACUUGCCCCCAGCCAGGCCACUUGGUUAAGUUACCAACCCCAAAGAGCUAAAGACGCGCGUUCAUUUGAAUUAUGCUCGGGGAUCCAACCCACUGGCCUCUUGGUGAGACGGGAAACCACUUCCCAGAACUUCCUCCACCAGCGUCUCUCCUCAGGUUGUAGGACGGAGAUAAUUCCUCUUUAUUUUUCAACGCCUCCUGUAUCGUGUGCUUACAAAAUUCAGCACCAGGGAGACACAGCAGGGCUUCCAAGGAAUUUGCCCAUUUUUUGCCUCCUCUAAGCGGUCCAAGUUGGCGCGAGGCAGUCGGAAAUAAUUUGGGUCAUGCUUUCUCCCCUGCAAUUGCCAGGUCAAAACUCCCAUAAGCAAUUCCCAAAUAAACAAUAUGUACUAAGCAAAAAUAGUUUAUGCUGAGCUGUGCGGAAAUAUAAAAUGGAACCCAGUUAUCUUCCCCACAGACAAAGUCACUCAACCCUUAAUAAGCAGAACUGAGCUGGUGGAAAUUCCGACCAAUGGGAAACUUGGAUGCGCCCCCUUUCCUAUUUAGUACAAUGGUCAUAUUUAGUAGAAUCAGAUAAUUGGGUACGAGUGGAAGCCCCCCUUCUCAACGUUCCCCACCUCAGACAGGGAAAUAACUUAUUUCCUUACCUAUUGACUGUUGGGCUUAGUUGAGACCUGGUGUGGAUUUCUCGAGCCUUUUCAAGAGCCUGGUCAUUGAAAAGCUAAUCCAAUAUUUACCGAGCAUAAGGACAGUUCUCAGACGUAUUUAUUAAGGCCCAUCGCUAAGUGAUUACUUGGACUGAAGACAAAGGCCAGGGGAGGGGGCGUCUAGGCGCACCAGAUCCUGCCCCUGUGGGCUCUCCCCACCCGGAACCAGGAAGCCGGGAGCAAGCUUGUGCGGUGCUGACGUUCCCCUCCCGGUGUUAAGUGGCGGGCGGAUUAGAUACUGUGCUGGGCGGUAUUUCAGGAAAUAUGUACUUGUGGCUUCCUGAGAGGCCAGGCGCAGUGACACUCUAAACCGUGUCGAUAUAUCAUCUUUUAUCCAGGAUCUGCAAAUAAACCCCUGAUCCCCUCGGCGCAUUAUAGCCGCCGCUAUCUUGCCAAGGAAGCGAUCUGAGUUUUAUUGCUUUCACCAACGCCCCAAGACAGACAGACACACACACACACACACACACACACACACACACAACACACACACACACACACACACUCCCCUCUCGCACUCUGAUUUUUAAAGCCUCUAUUUUUCCCCCUCCCGAGGCAUCGUUAUUAAUAAAGACGCGAAUAGGCCUCAGCGCCGCCAACCGAGCAAGUGGGGAAAUGCGGGCCCGCAGCCCUGGCCCGCGCGCGGAUCCCGCGUCCGCCCCACGCCCCGCCACUGGCCCGAGAACCGAGUGUGUGCCGCGCGCUACCGCCGCCAGGAGGCGCCCGAGCCCCGCGUUACCGAGCGUCUCCGCGCCGGGCCGGGCCGAGCCCAGAAGGCAGCUGCGCAGCAGCGGAAGCGCGGCCCGGGUCGGAGCAGGGUGAGGGGGCCAGGAGGCGGCGGCGGCUCGAAAUCCUGGGGAGAGCCGCGAGUCGGACGGCGGCGGGUGCGCGGCCGCCUGGGAGGUGCGAGUGGACCCGUCCCCGCCGUGCCCCUCCUCCACGUGUACCGCCGCCCGUCCCCGCCCCGGUUUCCAUAGUGUUUGGGCACAGACCACAGCCGACUGGUCCAGGCGCCAGGGCGCGCGGUCUCCGUGAUCUCAGGGCCCCUGGCGGCGUCGGCCCGGCGGUGGACGCGGGGAGGGCAGUGCUGCGAGGGCCGGGGAGUGGGCGCCCGCGUGGGGAGGCGGCCCAGGGAGCGCAGGAGCGAUGCGGAGGAGGGACCCGGUUUUGGUGCAGGUUCGCGGGCGGGGAUUCUGGGAAGGAAAGACCCUCGCCUCCCGCCCGCCCUGGACGUGGGUCCUGCCAGACCCCCAGUUCCUGCGGUUCCCCGCCUGGGAGCGGGGCAGGGGCACCGUCCAGCCGCCAGGGGGAGACGCCGCGCCAACCCCGACCGUGGGGUCCGGCCCGGGAGGCAAGAACCCCACCCACCCAGCAGAGCACCCAGGGCAACUCCCCACUCGGUGCUGAGGCCUCAGCUAGGGCGCGGGGUGUCCGGGAAUGGAAAGGACACGAGGGUGUGGGCGCCUCUCGCCUGGUGCCUGGUGCCUUUCCGAGAGGCUGGCCGUAGGGCAGCGAGUAGGGGACAAGGGAGCGACAUUCCCCAAGGUCCUCCCCCAACAAAAGUCGGGUCUGCAGUUCCAGCGUGAUUCGUUGAUUGUUGGGUGGAACCGCUUCGCAUCUAAUGUAUCGUGGCUCCAAACACUGACCCCUUUACUUUCCGAAGCCCCCGCUUCAAAACCAGCUGGCGGUGGGCUGGCGAGGGCGUGCAGUAGCCAGGCUUUCCGCGGGGCGGCGCGGUUGGAUAAGAAAAGGCUUCCCGGCUGAGCAGUGGAGCGCAGCUCCGACACCUGCGGGAUUCCAGAUGUCCCUGCGAGGUGUCCUCUACAGCAGGGCUGCAUUCCCCAAAUAAUGAACUCUCUGCUUUUGCGCUUGGCGCCUGGAGUGCGAUGAAGAGGCUGAAGGUAUCCAGCCCAGCCCUUCUCCCCUCCCUCCUCAGGCUGCUGAUGUGACAUGGUUGUAAUUGUCACCAGCCCAGCCCUUCUCCCCUCCCUCCUCAGGCUGCUGAUGUGACAUGGGUGUAACUGUCACCCUGCGCAGGACGUGGAACACUUAUCACCCCAAAAUGUUCCCUUCUAAUGGAAUAACGUGUUCUCUCCUAACAAAAGAAUACCUCAAUACUUACAGGUAUCAACUGCACGCUGCAGAUGAAAAAUCCUGUCCUCCCUUUGUUGCUUGUGGUAUUUUUACCUUUCUUCAUAAAAUGGUACAAAGAAAGCCCCAGGUCGCUGACCCCAGCCUCUCUCGCACCUGAAGACAAUGAUCAUCGCUGCUCCCGCAUACUGAGCACCUUCUAGGGCAGGCACCUUUCUCCCUGCUUCUCAUUGUCUAAUCAGAUCAUCAUAGCCAAGCUGUCCUUCUGCAGAGGAGCCUGUUUCAGAGAAGUUAAGCACCUGAUCUCAUAAUCAAGCCAGUGUUCUGACAAAAGCAUCUUGGGAGCAGAAGUGGGAUCUACCAGGGCAUCAUCUACUAUUCCAGCAUAGUGGGCAGGGAUGAGGGAGGACAGAGAUCCCCUCCCACUCUACAGAAGGCAGUUGGGUGGCUUCUUCACUGGGCGGGUUCUGCCAGCUCUUCUCUGGCAGCCAGUGCCCAGGUCCUGGCCUGGGUGGUGAGGGCUGGGCAAUCCCUUGGCAUCCUCGGGGAAGCCUGCACACCGGCACCUCCACUGGGUGUCAAGUGGCCAUCCCAGCCAGCAAGUGUCCCCUGAGAACUGAGGGGGAGCAGCCUGGGGGUCCGGCUGAAGGGCACACUUUAACCUGUUCUCACUCCUGGGCCCCGGCUUUCCAUGAUGUCGACGGCAUGAGCAACUCCCCUCUCCCCCCAGGAUGAUAAGGGGUACAAGAAAAAUUGAUUUUUGGGGCCGGGCACGGUGACUCAAGCCUGUAAUCCCAGCACUUUGGGAGGCCGAGGCGGGUGGAUCACGAGGUCAAGAGAUAGAGACCAUCCUGGUCAACAUGGUGAAACCCCGUCUCUACUAAAAAUACAAAAAAUUAGCUGGGCAUGGUGGCGCGUGCCUAUAAUCCCAGCUACUCGGGAGGCUGAGGCAGGAGAAUUGCCUGAACCCAGGAGGCGGAGGUUGCGGUGAGCCAAGAUCGCGCCAUUGCACUCCAGCCUGGGUAACAAGAGCAAAACUCUGUCUCAAAAAAAAAAAAAUUUGAUUUUUAAAUUGCCAACUGAUCUUACCACUGUAAUUAAAUGAUUACUUUUUUUUAUCUAAUGUGGGGAAAGAUAAAAUAAGCUAACAUGUUCUUUUGGGUAUGGUAUUUCCCUAAUCUGAGAGAUUUGCAAGUUUUUUUUUUUUUAAAUAGGAUCUCACUCUGACACCCAGGCUGUAGUGCAGUGAUGCUAUUAUAGCUCAUUGCAGCCUUGAACUCCUGGGCUCAAAAGAGCUUCCUGCCUCAGCCUUCCCAAGAGCUGGAACCACAGGCGUGCACCACCAUGCCCAGCUAUUUUUUAUUUUUGUGUAGCAAUGUGGUCUCACUGUGUUUCCCAGGUUGGUCUCAAACUCCUGGCCUCAAGCUAUCACCUGGGCCUCCCACAGCACUGGGAUUACAAAUAUGAACCACUGUGCCCAACCACAAGAAUUAUUAAGUAUGUACCAGGUCUCUCCAUGUUUCUUUAACUCUGCAAGCUACACAAUAAACGAAUUGCCUCAUCAGCCUCUGUGGGGAAGGUGAAUUGUAUGGAUGAGUAUGAAACGAAGGACAGUGAGACGUAGAAGGUAAAACAAAAGGAAUCAGCUUUUUGUGUCUGUGAUGAUCUGAUCACAAGGCACCUCUCAGAAAUAUCCAGUCCUUGUCACCCAGUGAGCAGCCAGCUGCUUGAGCAGAGAGCCGUGGCUGGAACUCCUGCUCUGUGACUCUGGGGAGGAAGCAGAGCUUGCGCGGGAUGCAGCUGCUGCCCACAGCCCCUGCGCACUCCCUCUUCCCUUGUGCCGGCUUCACACUGCCAGCAUCUGCAAGGCUCUGCCUGGAGGCAGAGCACGAGGCUGCUGGGCCCCUUAGACAGAUGGCUAGUGCUGAGGAGUUCAUGGUCUUCACCCAGUUUCAGGGAGAGGUUGCAGGAUACACAGCCUAGCUUCCUGGCUCCAGGUGGAACAACCCUGAGACAUGUGUGCCAUUUCCCACAGGCCCCCAGUGGGGCUGAGCCCUAGUUGCCUUCAGCCACAGUCUGCUCAUUAUCACUUCCAGUGUUCAUCUUUUUCCCUUCACUUUCUCAUUUUUCCAUUUCCUUGUUGGCCCCAAUUAAUUACUUGCACAUGAAUCUUUAUCUCAGGGUCUACAUCUGGGGAGCCCAAAGGCACAGACACUUGGACUCUUCCUCUGCCUUUAUCCUAGACCUGGCAUUGGUCUCCAGAGGUCACUCAGGACUUACUGGCCCAUCUUUAAUGGCUCUUUCCCUGCGUUUACACACCUUUCUGUGCUAAGUAGGGUUUUUGGGUGGCAAGAAGGCAGUUAGCAUGGGGAACUAUGUAGCAAGGGACAUGGACACUGAACAGCAGCCGGCCCAUCACUCUGGUUCCUCAUGGCCAAGCCUGGGACACAGCUCCCCAUGUGCAGAUCCAGAACCAUGGCUCUUCUUCCCUCAGGAGCCAUCCUCAAAUGAUGGUCUUUUCCCAUCACAAAGGAGCUCCCAGAAUGUGGCAGUCCCCCUUCCUAGAGGGAGAAUGUGGCUAGGUCGAGGAGGCACCUCUGGUUUUCAGAGACCCCAUUGGUCAGGUUCGGUGUCCAAAACACCUGAGGGGCAAGUGGGUUCUUGAAAGUCCAGCCCACAUGGUUACUUUUGACCUGGACACUCAAGGCACAGGGACACAUGACACAGGCACAGGGUGUAACAACUGUGUGCAGAAAGAGCCACUCUCAUUCCUCAGAAGAGCCUGUGGAGGUGGAGUGGCUGAGCCAUGUGCCCCAAACUCCGUGUUGAAGUCCUAACCCCUAUGUUCAAAUGUGACCAUAUUUAGACUUAGGGCCUAUAAAGAGCUAAUGGUGAAAAUGAAGUCACGAGGUAGGUCCUACUUCAGUGUGACUGGUGUCCUUGUAAGAAAACAGGGUUCAGACAGACAGAGGGGAGAGCACGUGAGGACACGGGGAGGAGAUGCCACCUGCAAGCCACGGAGAGAGACCCCAGGAGAAACUGGCCUUCCCGACACCUUGACCCUAGACCUCCAGCUUCCAGAACUGUAAGAAAAUACAUUUCUGCUGUUUAAGCCACCUGGUGUUAGAGUUCUGUCUUGAAUUUCUCUCUGCUUUAGACUUUUCUGUUUCGUUUCUUAGUCUAAGUUCUACUGAAAAGUGCAGAGAAGAUGAGUGCAGGCCCCUAGAGACAGGAUGGAUGCAGUACAUGUCUGGCUCCAGCUCAGCACGUGCUCUUGGUGCCCACUGAUCCGUCUCACUGCUGACUGGCAUCCCGAAGAAAUGGGCAGACUGCACAGGGGCAGCUCUUUCCUCCAAAGCUGCAACAUGGUGCAUGAAGUCCUCAGAUUUGGGAACGCGUCCAGGCGCUUGAGCUCAAACAUACAGUUCUGUUCUAAGGCAUCACAGCUGAAAAACUCCACAAAGGUGAGCUUUCCCCCGGAGACCGUGAGGAUUUCCUCAGGAACAAGGAGAAAUGUCGCAGCCGGGCGUGGAGGCAUCCGUGUUUUACGGGCAGGGUCUGUUUCCGCCGCAGGUAGGAAUCCACCGUGUUGUUCUCCCUGAUGCCUGCUGCACCUCUCCUUCAGUCUUGGCACUCUGAAACAGCGUGCUUGCGAGCACCAGUGGACGAUCCUGUCCUGUCUGUGAGGUGGACACAUUAGGAAUGUCCAGGUCUAGCCUGAAUUUCACAUCCAGCCAUUGGCUGCCACCAUGGUCAGGGGCUCCUGCACAUGGACCGCCACUUCCCCUCCCAGGAGCCGGCAGGUGGCCAGCAGCCCCAGAACGCCCUGGGCACCUGUCCCCAUAGGCUUGGAUGACAUGAUGAUGUUCUUUGUGCCUUUGAGGCUGGCGCCCUAGGUCUUUGUAUAGUAAAUCCCACCUUGUCCUCUCUAGUUGAAACAGCCAUUUCCCAAAUUCCAAUCUGAUGCAGCCCUGUCCUUCCUUCCCUCGUGUUUCUUCCUUCCCUCCUGUGGACUCCCAGGAUGUGAAGUUGGCAUUCCCUUGAGCCUUUUGGGAACAUAUAAGCAUACUGCCCAAAGUCCGCCUAACUCCAGGUGUAUCCUGUAGAACCAGCAUUCUAAUUCCUAAUUUUAAAGAUCUCACAGGACACAGGGUGUGUGUAAAAAGCUGCAAACUAGAGCGCUUGAUUUGAGUAUGAAUGAGAUGGAGGAAAGCAGCUGUGGAUGCAGAUGAUGAAUCCCUGAGUAAGUGACUCCAGAGCCAAAGGUGUUCUUCACAUGGAGAGAACGACUACCCAGGGAAGGAGCUCAGACUCAGCUGGACAAGCCCUGAGGGGACAGCCAUGUCCCAGUUCGGCCAGGAGGGUUUGGCUCACUGGGCGUGUGCCUGGUGUCUGCUUGAUUCUCCUCCGGCCGAAUUCUACACAGGUGAGUUGCGCUCGUUCUUGCCUCCCCAAGGCCUAGAUCAGAGUUCCUCCAGCUUUGGGGUGCAAACGAAUCCCCCGGAAUUUUCAUGAAAUGCAGAUUCGUGUUCAGAAGCCCUGGCGUUCUGCAUUUCUCAUGAGCUCCACGGGCUGCUGACGCUGCUGGGGCAUGACCACACUUUGGGUGGCAAGGGGUUGGCAAGCAAUUCCAGGUGUCCCCUUAGAGAUGGCCUGCUAUCGCACUGUCAGGAGGUAGCUGCCACAGUGACGGCCACUCCAGAGCAAGGGGGCAGAACCUUUUGAAUCCUUGAAUCAUUUGGGAAAUAACCCAUAUGAGUAAAAAGUAAUCAAAAAGUAAUAUGUUGGAUAUUAGAGCCAAAGGAAAUACUAGCAUCAUUUUGUAAUGACUCCUUCCACGAGUUUUCCAGAUGAGGAAACUGACAGAGCCAGGUGGCCUGUGGCUGAAGAGGGAGACGCUCAGUGAGGUCUCACUGCUGCACCUCCACAGUGAUACCCUGCUGAGACACAAAGGAAAUGUUGAACGUAACUGUCUUUAAAAUUAAGACCGUGACUGUCCUGAACAUUUACAAAGCACAAACCAUGAGAAAAAGGCCUGUACCAGAAAUCAGAAGAUGGCUUUUGUCCACGUGCAACCUUGGACAAGUUAGUUACUUAACCGUGCCCUCUAAGCCUGUUUCCCCACUGGUUACCAAAAAAAGAAAGAAAGAAAGAAAGAAAAGGCUAUGCCUGCCCUGGCUAAUUCAAAGGGCACGGCAGGGAGGGAGGUAGAUAACGUCCUGAGCCACUUAAAACGGUGGAGCUGAACUCACGGUGGGAGCACUGUCACACACCUUUUCAUUACAAAGAUGUUGGUGGGCUGAGGGAGGUGGAGAGAGGCCCAAGGAUGGGAGCAAAGGGGUGGGCUGAGGGGAGGGGAAGGAGGAAGCCAGAGAGACAGGCCCAGGCUAGGCUCCGAAGUCAGCAGGUGAGCGGGGUAGAACUAGCAGCACCCUCUCUGUGGGUAUUUGCAGGGAUGGAAUGUACUGCGUCUGUGCUCUCCAAUGUGGCAGCCGCUAGCCACAUGUGACUGUCAAGCACUGGCUGUGUAGCUAGUGUGAUUGAGGAACUGAUUUUUAAUUUUUUUAGUUGUUUGUCCAGUGGCUCCUAUAGCAAAGAUCCAGAUGAUUUGUUUGAAGCAGUACAAGGAGAAGUGUGACUCCCCUCUUCUUACUCCAGUAACAUGCUGAUUAACAUCAUUGCAAUUAAUCACCAUUCACAGCUCUUCAGUUGCUCUGUGGAACCUCAGCCGACUCUGAAAUGCACAGCCACUGUGGCAGGGGUGACCGAAUGGGCUGGGAGUGGCAAUGAAGAUUCAUCUCUUCACACACUCUUUAUACCCUCAACAAAAACGCCUGAGGCUGUGUAAAAGUCCAUCAAUAAUAAAGAGAUUUUUUAAAUAUGA